AUGGUGAUCAUCAAACAAGACUCGGAGCUGAUGACAAACUAUGUCUCGGCCAACCCCAUCCCAGCCGGCCAGCAUUUUGCAGUUUUCAGAGAUGCCAACAUGGAUCCAGGUGUCUUCUCCCUGAGUGAAGACUCUUAUCUUUACUUGAUCACUGUCAUCAAUGGCAAAGCCACCAAAAUUGACUUUGGAAGCGUAUCUGGCAUUGUUCCCAGCGGUGGCAAGGUUCAGGCCUUUGCUGUUGUUCAAGCACCGGAUUCUACACUUGAUAUUUGCAUUGCCACUCCUGGAGCCACCGCUACCACAUCUUCCUUUACGUUGCUCUACGGUGUCACAUUUGCUGAACUUCGAGGUCCCAUUCCAAGCUCCAAGAUUAUUCGUGGAGCUUCCUUUCCUACAGUUGACCACAUUUACAUGAAUAAUAAAUCUACGGAUACAAAACGCACUUUACCUUUAGUUAUGGUAGCAUUCCAACGCCCAGACAGACUCGCCAGCACAGAAGAUCUGCGCUUUGUCCAAUUCAUUCAGAACCAGGCGACGUUAUUGGGUCCAUGGUCCUUGGCUGCGAACCCCAAAAGAAUUAUAGGCGUUGCUUUGGGAACCUGCGCUCUCGGAGACGGUGUAUUUGUCUUGUACGAAACCUUCAGCGGGCCUACACACAUUCAGUUCAAGUUCUUCACUGGCAGCACCAUGGUCGUGGAGCCAAUCUGCCCUACCGGCGCAACCUGCAUUAAUUCAUAUGUGGAUCCUACGUCGCAUCAGAGCAUCCUCCUCAUUGGAGGUCAAAUCAUCACGGCCUUCAAGUCAAGCGAGUACUGCUCUGCCAAAGGCAAGGGAACUGUUAUCAACACGGGAGAUCAAGUCAGCGGUCUCAAGGACCUCCAUGUCACCUUGUCCGGACAGACUUUGAGAUUUUGGUACACGACCAACACAGACGCCGUUCACUAUUAUACAGCACAAAGCACAGCCCUUUCCAAUGGAACUGUGAUUCCUCUUCUCUCGGAAGGAAAAGGCGGCCAAAUCUCUGGUCUACUUUCUCUGAAGUCUGCUGACGGUUCAGAUCAAACACUUGUCAGCAGCUUGCUAUCCGUGGAUGAGUAUGGUAACCUGGUCCUCUUGCAACAAGAUUCGGUGUCACAGCUGUGGCAAACAUACCCCUUCUGGUAUGCGUCAGACUUGAAUGUCAUUGAGACUAAGGGAUUCAUGCUGCGGAUGCAUGCUACAGCCACCACUAGCGAUGAAGCCAGUCUCAUUCCUGGAUGCUGGCUCAGAGUCAGCGCUUCCGGUGUUGUACGAUGUACCGUCAAUGGCCGGUAUGCUUCACUUGGGCCUACUGGUCAAUGGUAUCAGACAGAUGCCAAGGGAGUUUUGAACAUUCAACUUCAAAGCGACGAUGCUUCUUGUUUCGUUUUCUCAGCAGACUCUUACCGCGCUGCCAAACCUGGGUCUCCUGAGACUCCUCUGCAGAACCCGCUCUUGGAUCCCUCGGUGAAGGUAAUCAUGAAGCUUGACAAUGUUCAGACUCCCGAAGAUGUUCGCGCCCUCAAGAAGCAAGAUGGUACUCCUCUUAUUCCAUCCAAUGCCUCGGAUGAUGAUGUCAAGAGUGCUGCUGCAUCGAUUCAAGCCCUGGUAGAUCAGACACGCCAGAAUCAAGGGGAUAGCCAGCAGUUGCUGAAAUCCUUCAAGGCAGUAAGCACGCUCAAAGAUUUCUGGCAUGAGGUUGAGGACAAGGUUGAAGAUGCUUUUGAUUGGGGUGACGCUGCUGGCAAAGUCUGGCAAUUCAUUAUCAAGAUUGGCGACGAAGUCUAUUCCUUUAUUUUGGAUACAGCUUCGGUCAUUGUCAAGGCUGUCGUCUGGGUCUUCAAGAAGCUGGGCGUCCUGUUGCAGGAUGUUAUUGACUUCUUGGGAUACUUGUUCAAUUGGGAUGACAUUCUCGCCACUGCCGACAGCAUUACCGCCGGAUUUAAUGCAGCUCUGGACUAUGGACAACAUCUUCUGGAUACUACUGAGAUCACAGUCGACUCAUGGCUGGAAGAGCUCCGUACCACCAUCAAAGCUCAAUUACCCACGCUGCAGAAUCAAGAUUACGACGGCGCUUCUGCUGCUCCCAAGAGCGUCAAGUCAAAGGCCGCCCUUGAGAUGACUGCUGCGUCUAAUGCUGAUGAGACUGACCAAGAUGUCAAGUCGGACGUUGCCUACAAUUGGUCGACAUAUUAUUUCACCUAUGGUGGCGGUACUACAAAUGCCGUCUUAACUGAUGAUAGCACUCCUGGUUCGGCAGAAGACGACCUUGUUGCUAUUUGGGACGAUAUCCAAGAUGAGCUCGACACUAUCGUCAAACUCUGCACUAACGUCGCCAAAGAUUUCCUCGACUUUUUCGACAGCGGGGAGUAUGAUAUCAAGGCUCUCAUGGUCAAGAUCUCUGGAGAUCUUAUAGAUGCCAUAAUCGACUCUCUCAAGACCCUUGGAGACAUCCUAUUCAAGGCCUUGGCUUUGGGUAUCAACUUGAUCAAGACCCUCGCCAACAGUAACAUGGACAUCCCCGUUAUUGGAUGGCUCUGGAAGAAGAUUGCCGGCAACCGACCCCUUUCUCUACUGGGACUGGUCGCAUUGCUCAUGGCCAUUCCUACAACAGUUCUCUACAAGGCCAAAGCAGACAAGGCCCCUCCAAAGCUUACGGGUCGACUGACCGCCGAUACUUUCGGCCAGUAUGUUUCGGGCACAGCUGAUCCUGCCCUCGCUAAAGACGUGACCAACUUCACGCUGGCGACGGCCACGAGUCUGGAGUUGGUGUACGGCGAGUUCAAGACCAUUUCACUUCUCAUUGACAGCGCCUUUGAAGGCACCGGAUUGGAAAGCGUUCCGAUCGGACCCGUUGCCCAGCUCACCAAUGUGCUGAAUGCAACGUCACUGACAUUCGAGACGAUAUCCACGUUCAUCACCUGGCCAGUCGGUGAGGAUCCCACAAAGCCGCCGACUGAUACCUCUACAACAGCCAAGUUUGUCAAGUACUCUAAACUGGGGCUCACCGUCUCCAAUUUUGGCGCCGCAGCGCUGGCGAACGUCAUCGCCAAGGUGAAGAAGGCCGAUCAGCCAACCAUCAAGCGCUGGAAGGGCACCAUCGCCGCCAUUGUGGCUGUCCCUACACUUUGUGUUGCCCUCACUAACGAUAUCCACGAGGCACAAGAAGGAAUUGUGAAGACAGAACUUGUCGCCAACCACUUCAUUGAAGCCUUUUUCGAGCUUGGCAAGCAGUUGGGAUUUGCGGCAGCAUCUUGGGACAAUGAGAUUGAGAGUAUUAUUAUGUAUGUCGGGUUGGCGGUGCAGCAGAUUUGCAGCUAUGGCGGAUAUGGCUGCAAGAUUUACGACUUUGUGGAGACGUAUCAGUGA